AUGGUCAUACCGUGCCGUGGAUACGCCGACCUGCUUGCUCGUGGUGGUGAUGGUUGCACGACAUAUCAACAGGUAGCGCGCACCCUCGGUUUGGUUGAGGACGAGGACGAGUACCACCAGGCACUGAAGGAAGCUGCUCGAUUUAUGGUCGGCCCGAGGCUCCGCUCUUUCUUUGUUCUACUUUGUAACAUGGGAGCUCCUGCGGCCCUCUUGUGGGAUGCUUUCCGGGAUACAUUGUGUGAGGACCAUUUGGAGCGGAAUCCUCUUGAUCACGACGUUGCUUUCAAGCUGGGUCUGAUUGAAAUCGAUCGAAGUCUUCGCCGUCAGGGGUCCUGCUUGGCCGACCACGGUCUGCCCAUUGUAUAUGACGACACAACAGAAUUGGAUAGGGAACUACUCAUCUACGGUGAGAAUCAACAGAGAUCACUAGUAGAUGAGUGGGAACCAAAGCUUUCCAACGACCAGAGAGUGGUGUUUGAUUAUGUAAGAUCGAUAUUACAUGGCCAGGUUGGUAGUCGGUCCAUAAAACUUAUCUUCCUCGACGGACCUGGUGGUUACGGCAAGACCUUCUUAAUUCAUGUGAUCCUCGCAUACGUUCGUAGUCUUAACAGGGUUGCUAUUGCUGUCGCUAGCUCCGGCAUUGCUGCUGGUAGUCUGCCUGGUGGCACGACAGCACAUAGUAUGUUUAGGCUGCCACUUGAUCUCGGCGAUGGCACUGGGUAUUGGAACUUGACCAACGGAUCUCAGCGUGCAGAACUCAUCAGAGCAGCCCAGCUCAUAGUUUUUGAUGAGGCCCCGAUGGCUCACCGGUACAUUUUUGAAAUCAUCGACAGAUCUCUGCGUGACCUCAUGAAUUCACCUGAGCCAUUUGGGGACAAGAUCUUCCUCUGCUGCGGAGAUUUCCGUCAGAUCGCACCAGUUGUAGCUAAAGCUCGUACUCCAGCAGACAUUGCUUGUGUAUCACUGUGUGCGUCAUCUCUGUGGUCAAGCUUCAAAAUCUUUUCCCUGUCCACCCCUCACAGAACUUCUGGCUCCACUGCGUACUCUGAGUUUCUCCUUAAAGUAGGCAAUGGAACAAUUAGAUCUGUUGAUUUUGAAGAAGGCCGUGGCUGCUCAAGUCUGAUUCCUUUGAGCGGUAUUAGAUAUGUGACAUCACUACACGAUUUAGUUGACUUUGUAUUCCCCGUUUGUGACCUAAGCCAUACAGAUAGAAUCGCUGGCCGGGCUAUUCUUUCAACCAUGAAUGCCAAUGUCCAGCAGAUCAACAACACUGUUCUCAACCUGACGGACGGCUUCGUUCAUGAGUUGAGAAGUGCUGAUUCUGUGGACAAGGAGAACGACGAUGGUAUGGAUGUAGACGUUCACUUGUUGAACCAGGCUACUGGCAAGGGCGUGCCAGACCAUGUCCUGCGACUAAAGAUUGGCUCCGUGUGUCUCGUCAUGAGGAACCUGAACAUUGACAGUGGACUCGUAAACGGCACUAAAGUGAUCGUGACCGCUAUUAGACCUCGUCUGAUCACAGUGCGACUUCCUGGACAACGCGAUCCGAUUUGUAUUCCCCGGAUUCAAUUCGUUUUCCCGUUUGUCGAGGGGUCUCCGCUUCGCGUCCGCCGUCUUCAGUUUCCUCUCAUGCUGGCCUAUUCCAUGACUGGCCACAAAAGCCAGGGCCAGACGAUUGAUCGUGUCGGAGUCGAUCUUCGCAGUGACUGUUUUACGCAUGGUCAACUGUACGUCCUUCUCAGUAGAGUCAGACAUCCUGACGACAUCGUUGUUCUGGUCCAUCCUGACAGGGUCCACGAAGGAGUUGCCUAUGCAAAGAACAUUGUAUACGACGAGCUCCUACGUUAA